AUGUUAAAAUUACCUUCGAUACAAGAGUGUUUAAAAAAUCUUCGAGAUUAUAAACCAAAGAAUGAUUAUUUUAACGCAAAAUAUGAAAAAAAAGCCGCAGUAUUGGUGCCAUUAAUUAUUAAUGAAGAAUUAGAAAUUUUAUUUACAUUACGUUCACCUAAUUUAUCAAGUCAUGCCGGAGAAAUCUCAUUACCGGGAGGUAAAGUUGAUAAUAUUGACGAAAAUUUAAUUGCCACUGCAUUUAGAGAAGCCGAGGAGGAGGUAGGAUUAAAGUCAGGUGACGCGGUAUAUUUAACACAUUUAGAGCCAUUUAUCUCAGCGAAUGUAUUAUUAGUCACACCGGUAGUGGCAUUGAUAACAAAUCCAACAUUUAGACCUAUACCAAAUCCAUCAGAAGUAUCGGAAUGUUUUACCGUUCCAUUAAGAGUAUUCAUAUCAAAAGAAUAUCAUGCGUCAUCUGAUGUUUCAUGGAGGAAUGCCUUAUAUAAAUCUCAUCGUUUUAAUUGGAAUAAAUGGAUUGUCAUUGGUUUAAGUGCAAAUAUGUGUAUUGAAGUAGCUAAGGUUGCUUUUAGUAUACAUAAUGUUGGUUGGGAAGAACUUGCCAAGGGUCAGCUUUCAAGGCAAGAAAGCGUUGAAAAAUUAUUAAAAGAUAUUGAAAACACUGAAAAACGAUCGAACAUUAGCAAAUUAUAA